CAAUUCCCCAUUCCCCGACGACCACCGUCGAGUCUGCCCGCGUAUUCGCGGAAUACGUGCGCGACGUUGUGCCACGUGUACCCGACGGACCAACAACAGGGCCCGUCGCGUUAUCGCCAGUGGCCGCCGAUGUGUCGCCGGUGGCUUGCCCGGUUUCGUCGAGUUUCCGCGCAGCAGCUGAACGAGCCUCCGGUUCCACGAUGAGGUACAAGCUCCUCGUCGCGCUGGUGCUUCUCUCCGCGCUGAGCUAUGUCGUCUGUCAAUACAGGACGAAAAACAACCAGGGCACCUCCUUGGCGGAGCGCGUGCAGCAACUGACCGAGAUGGCUAUGAAGAAGUCGGUGCUCAAGUUCAACGGAUCGAAAUUCAAGCAGUACAUCAAAGCUCCCCCGAGGAACUAUUCUAUCAUAGUUAUGUUUACCGCCAUGGCACCCCAGAGGCAAUGCCAGAUCUGCAGGCACGCCAACGACGAGUUCACAAUAGUGGCCAACUCCUUCCGCUAUUCUCCGUUGUACUCCAACAAGCUGUUCUUCGCCUCUAUCGAUUUUGACGAAGGAUCCGACGUGUUUCGAUUGAUGAAGCUGAAUACUGCGCCGGUAUACAUGCAUUUCCCGCCCAAAGGUAAACCGAAGGCUGCCGACACCAUGGAUAUCCAGCGAGUAGGAUUUGGCGCGGAAGCAAUAGCGAAAUGGAUCGGCGAACGUACCGAUAUCCAGAUCAGAGUGUUUAGACCUCCGAACUAUUCUGGUACAGUAGGAUUAGGAAUGCUCAUAGUUAUCAUAGGAGGCGGCCUGUAUCUCAGACGUAACAACUUGGAUUUCAUUUACAACAAAAAUCUGUGGGGAUUCUGCGCUUUGUUCUUCGCCAUAAAUAUGACUUCCGGACAAAUGUGGAAUCAUAUCAGAGGGCCACCCUUUUUCCACAAAUCGCCUAAUGGCAAUGUAGCUUAUAUCCAUGGAUCUUCUCAAGGACAAUUCAUAGUGGAAACCUAUAUUGUUAUGGUCAUGAACGGAGCAGUGGUAUUGGGAAUGAUCUUAAUGACUGAGGCUGCAGCUCGUAAAGGAGACGUUAAGAAGCGCAAGAUACUAGCUGUGAUAGGUGCAGGAUUAGUCGCAAUUUUCUUUAGUCUUCUUUUAUCGAUAUUUAGGAACAAAGCUCAAGGUUAUCCAUAUAGGGAGGAAUAAUUUUGUUUGUUUCAGUUUACUGUUCAAGUAACUAAAUAGGUGCAGAAACACAUCUUCGUGCAUUUAUUUGAACAAAAAAUAUUUCACAGUUUAAAACUAGAAAGAUUUUUUUAUAAAUACAGUUAUAUUGUUAUAGAUGUUGUAUCAUGUUCAUUACAUUGUACGUAAUAUAAUGAAAAUAAAUCCAUAUUUAAUACCAUUGUAUAAUAAAGUAGAAGCAAUGUAUGGAAA